UCCCCGAGUCAUUCGUAGUGUUUGGACGACUGCUUAUUUUCCGAAAUUGUCUAAAGACGCAGUCUAGGGCAUGUUUGUGUAACUGUUAUUCCGAGAAACCGAAGUGCCUUACUUUCCUAGGAAAAGGUUCCAGGAAUAGUCAUCAGUGCCCUCGAUCACAUUUUAAGACUGCUGCCCCCUUGUCUCCAAAGCUGUACUUUUCCCGAAGCUCUUCAAACUGCCUUGCUGAGAGUUUGAGAAAGCCUCAGUCAAAUGCGGCAUCAGCCCCCGCCCCAGGGUCCACUGCCUAGUUUUGCGAGGGAAAUCACGCACGAGUUGUAGAGCAUUCUUUCACCUUGAGGCAGCUGUUGAGUCUGUAGCACCAACACAGGAACUGAGCAAACCAGGCAGGAUGUUUGGACCUGAUGUUUUCUUCAUACUCUUCUGUCGCCCUCCUCCCGGUUUCUGCGCAGCUCCUUCAAACCACUCUACCUCUUCAUGCUUCUCCUCCUUGCUACAUUUCUGACAGUUGUGACUUACGGAAGAAGUAAACACAAGCUAUAUCAGUCUUUCCAAAAUCCGUAAUGCUGUGGAUACAAAUAACACAACAUAAAGCUAACAGAGCACAACAUCUUAAAAUAAAUCCAUCAGAAUGACGCCUUCUCAGGUUACCUUUGAAAUAAGAGGAACUCUUUUACCAGGAGAAGUUUUUGCAAUAUGUGGAAGCUCUGAUGCUUUGGGAAACUGGAGUCCUCAAAAUGCUGUGACUCUUCUUCCAGAGAACAAGACAGGUGAAAGCAUGUUAUGGAAAGCAACCAUUAUACUCAGUAGAGGAGUAUCAGUUCAGUAUCGCUACUUCAAAGGGUACUUUUUAGAACCAAAGACUAUCGGUGGUCCAUGUCAAGUCAUAGUUCACAAGUGGGAGACUCAUCUACAACCACGAUCAAUAACCCCUUUAGAAGAUGAAAUUCUUAUUGACGACGGACAAUUUGGAAUCCACAAUGGUGUUGAAACUCUGGAUUCUGGAUGGCUGACGUGUCAGACUGAAAUAAGGUUACGCUUGCAUUUUUCUGAGAAACCUCCCGUGUCAAUAACCAAGAAAAAAUUUAAAAAAUCUAGAUUUAGGGUAAAGCUGACAUUGGAGGGUCUGGAAGAAGAUGACGAUGAUAGGGUAUCUCCCACUAUUCAUCACAAAAUGUCCAAUAGCCUGGAGAUAUCCUUAAUAAGUGACAAUGAGUUCAAGUGUAGGCAUUCACAGCCAGAGUGUGGUUAUGGCCUACAGCCCGAUCGUUGGACAGAGUACAGCAUACAGACAAUGGAACCAGAUAACCUGGAACUAAUCUUUGAUUUUUUUGAGGAAGAUCUCAGUGAACAUGUAGUUCAAGGUGAUACCAUUCCUGGACAUGUGGGUACAGCAUGCCUUUUAUCAUCUACCAUUGCUGAGAGUGGGAAGAGUGCUGGAAUUCUUACUCUUCCCAUCAUGAGCAGAAAUUCCAGGAAAACAAUAGGCAAAGUGAGAGUUGACUAUAUAAUAAUUAAACCAUUACCAGGAUACAGUUGUGACAUGAAAUCUUCAUUUUCCAAGUAUUGGAAGCCAAGAAUACCAUUGGAUGUUGGCCAUCGGGGUGCAGGAAACUCUACAACAACUGCCCAGCUGGCUAAAGUUCAAGAAAAUACUAUUGCUUCUUUAAGAAACGCUGCUAGUCAUGGUGCAGCCUUUGUAGAAUUUGAUGUACACCUUUCAAAGGACUUCGUGCCUGUGGUAUAUCAUGAUCUCACCUGUUGUUUGUGUAUGAAAAAGAAAUUUGAUGCUGAUCCAGUUGAAUUAUUUGAAAUUCCAGUAAAGGAAUUAACAUUUGACCAACUCCAGUUGUUAAAGCUUGCUCAUGUGACUGCACUAAAAUCUAAAGAUCGAAAAGAAUCCAUUGUUGAGGAGGAAAAUUCCCUUUCUGAAAAUCAGCCAUUUCCUUCUCUUAAGAUGGUUUUAGAGUCUUUGCCAGAGGAUGUAGGGUUUAAUAUAGAAAUAAAAUGGAUCUGCCAACAAAGGGAUGGACUGUGGGAUGGUAACUUAUCAACAUAUUUUGACAUGAAUCUGUUUUUGGAUAUAAUUUUGAAAACUGUUUUAGAAAACUGUGGGAAGAGGAGAAUAGUGUUUUCUUCAUUUGAUGCAGAUGUUUGCACAAUGGUUCGGCAAAAGCAGAACAAAUAUCCCAUAUUAUUUCUGACUCAAGGAAAAUCUGAUGUCUACCCUGAACUUAUGGACCUCAGAUCUCGGACAACUCCCAUUGCAAUGAGCUUUGCCCAGUUUGAAAAUCUACUGGGAAUAAAUGCACAUACUGAAGACCUGCUCAGAAACCCAUCCUAUAUUCAAGAGGCAAAAGCUAAGGGACUAGUAAUAUUCUGCUGGGGAGAUGCUACCAAUGAUCCUGAUAACAGAAGGAAAUUGAAGGAAUUUGGAGUUAAUGGUCUGAUUUAUGAUAGGAUAUAUGAUUGGAUGCCUGAACAGCCAAAUAUAUUCCAAGUGGAGCAGUUGGAACGUCUGAAGCAAGAAUUGCCAGAGCUUAAGAGCUGUUUGUGUCCCACUGUUAGCCAUUUUGCUCCCGCAUCCUUGUGUGGGGAGUCUGAUAUCCGCGUGGAUGCCAACGGCAUUGAUGACGUGGAGAAUGCUUAGUUUUUAUUGACAAAGGCCAUUUGGGGGCACGCACCGCUGUUCUGGGUAUUCAUUUUUCAUCAUUGAGCAUUGUAUAUCUAUGCCUUUUGGGCUUCUCAGUUCAAUGAAGCAAUAAUGAAGUAUUUUACUCUUUUGCUACAGUUCUUGCAAGAAUUUCAAGUAUGCUAUUUAAAUCACUUGGCCAGGUAUAAUUGCCAGUCAGUCUCUUUACAGUGAGAAAAUUUAUUGGUUAGUAAAUAUUUUAAACUAAAUAUGUAAAUCUAUAAUGUUAAACAAAUGUUCAUUAAAAGCAUAGCACUUUGAAAUUAACUAUAUAAAUAGCUCAUAUUUACACUUCUUAAAGCUUUUCAUUUGAUCAGGUCUGAAAUCUUUAGCACUCGAGGAAAAUGACUAUGCAUAAUUAUACCUGACCAUGAGAAAAAUAAGUACCUCAAAUGCAUGCAUUUGCACUGGUGAUUCCAACUGCACAAAUCUUUGUGCCAUCUGUGUAUAUAGGUAUUUUUUACAUGGACUGACAUGCACAUAAACCAUUUUCAUUCAGUAUGAACCUUGAGGCUGCUGCCAUUUUUCCACUUGACCAAACCAGCCGGAAGGUGAACCUUAAAACUUAUUUCCUAAAUCUUUCAGAAGUUGUUUUACAUAAAUGUUAAAAUUUUAAAAUGCUGCAGGGUAAUUUAAUGUGUUAAAUAUUAGCAAGAAGUAUGUAUCGCAUACUUACUAGAGUAGAUCACAAUGUAUAAAUUCAAUUCAAUGCAUGCUUUAGGUUUUAAGCAUGAGAUUGUACACGUUUACUGUUAAGUCCUUGCAUCUGUGGUGCUAGGUGAGUGUGAGAAGAUGUCAAGGACUGGAAAUAUUUUGUUGCCUAAAAAAAAAAGCCUGUUUGUAGGCAUUUAAAUAUGCUUAUUUUAAUGUCUCUCACUACCUAUUACGCACCAUUGCUCUGUGGGUUUGUUUUGUAUGUGUUGUACAGUAGUUAAAUCUCCAUGCAGAAAAAUAAAUGUCCUGAAUUCUCAUAUUGGUAUCUUUAUUGGUUGAUAUAUAUCAUGCAUGUAGUUUAUUUAGAAAUAUAGAAGAACUUACUGAAUGAUUAUGCAUGUUCUUAGGAUUAAGCUAAAGUUUCUUUCAUUAGAAGCAGAUUGUCUUGGCAUAACUGUAACUUAAGGAUGAAUGUUAAAAUGAUACAGAUUUAUUUUCUUCAUUA